AAAAAAAGAAGAGAAAAGGGAGAAGUUUUUCGCUCCAAGCAACCUGAUUGAAAGCUUCUCUUCCCAGACAUUCGGUCUUCGCACCCUGGCAUCGGACCUUGGACUCCGUCGCUUCUCACCCACGUCCAUGGACGCCUCCAACGCUCGAGUUCACGCGAUUGGUCAAACCGAGAUCAAUUGGGACAAGCUAGAUAAAACUAAGUUUUAUGUUGUAGGAGCUGGCCUCUUCACAGGGGUUACAGUGGCAUUAUACCCAGUUUCUGUUGUUAAAACGAGGCUGCAGGUUGCUACAAAGGAUACUCUUGAGAGGAAUGCGGUUGCAGUCCUCAGAGGUAUAUUAAAGACAGAUGGGGUUCCUGGCCUUUACAGAGGAUUUGGAACCGUCAUUACUGGUGCAAUUCCUGCAAGGAUUAUUUUCCUCACUGCUUUAGAGACUACAAAGGUUGCCACUUUCAAGAUGGUUGAAACUAUGAAAUUAGCUGAGCCUACCCAAGCGGCCAUAGCGAACGGUGUUGCUGGCAUGACUGCAUCGCUCUUUUCUCAGGCUGUGUUUGUUCCAAUUGACGUGGUCAGUCAAAAGCUGAUGGUUCAGGGAUACGCAGGCCAUGCAAGGUAUAGUGGAGGUUUGGACGUUGUUCGCAAGGUGUUGCAAUCUGAUGGCAUCAGGGGAUUUUAUAGAGGGUUUGGUCUCUCUGUUAUGACUUACUCACCAUCAAGUGCUGUUUGGUGGGCAAGUUAUGGUUCAAGCCAGCGUGUUAUUUGGAGGCUUUUAGGUCAUGGGGAAGAGCUUCAGGAAGCUCCUCCAAGUAAUUGGACAAUAAUGUCAGUUCAAGCUGCUGGAGGAAUCAUUGCAGGUGCAACGGCUUCCUGCAUCACCACCCCAUUAGACACCAUCAAAACUCGCUUACAGGUGAUGGGGCAUGAGAAGAGAACAUCUGUUAGGAAGGUUGUGAGAAACUUGAUAGCAGAGGAUGGUUGGACUGGUCUAUAUAGAGGAUUGGGUCCUAGGUUUUUCAGUAUGUCGGCAUGGGGAACCUCAAUGAUAUUGACAUAUGAAUAUCUGAAGCGCUUGUGUUCGAAAGAUGAAUAGGCUUGGCACUAUUCUAACUGACAAAAUGUACUUGUGUAUCGAGACCGUCCCCGGCGGAUCAAACUGGAUAAUCUUUGGUAGGAUCCUCUAGAGGUUUCAUGACUAUAAACAUGAGUAGCUUGCGAGAAAUAGGAGGGUAAAGAACAUCCUUUAAAGUAGGGCCUUUCCCCUUAAUUCCAUUAGGUGUUCAAAUUUUCUUUAUCUAAAUCAAUUGGUUGUAUUUUUUGUGAAUGCCUAGAUAUCUGGCUGAGAUUCUUUAGCAUAGCUUUUUCUUUUUGUUUCGUUUUUCAAUUUGUUAUCAUCGACAAUAGUCGAUGAUUUAUAUUACACUGUAACAUUCCCCUAUCCUGUUUGCUUCACAUUGUAAGUAUUUUCUUAAAGCAGCAAUAUAGAUGGUUCCUCUAAA